UGGUGAGCAACUGUGAUAAUGCAACCUGGAAGGCAAUAUGACAGUAUCUAUGUCAUAGACAGCAGUUAAUAAGGCUUGCUGCUGAAGAAGUGAUCAAUUUGAGACUUAUUAAUAUCCAUUUUUCACUGAUAUUUGGUGUGUAAAGAUAGUAAUAUAACAGGAUUUUCAAACUGCUAUAUAUCUGCUGGAAUGGCAUGAUAGUCAUCAUCAUAAAAAACCAUUCAUAAGGAAGUAAUAUCAAAACACCAAGCAGACUACUCUUCAUAUAAGGAAAGAUGGCAAUAAUGAAGGUUAACACUGUCAGAAGUUAAAUAUCCACUUUCUGUACGGCCCUGGCACUGUACGGAAAAAAUCACCGAACAGGCCAUAAUAGUGCUUGCAAGAUGGGGGGGUGCGGUUCAAUCAGUAUGCCACUUUUCACUCUAACACCAUUCUCUCGUCUUCAGUGGAGGAUGACCUGGCUCUGUCUCCUGAAAUCAAAGACAGUGAUGUCUCCCGCGAUCUGAUGUGUAAACGACCAAGUGAUGAUAACAUCUACUUCACAAAAGAAUAUAGUUUCAACACCAAUCGGGCUUCUGUGUCUUUCUGCCAGAUCUCCGUUAUUAGAUUAGCAGCAAUGGACUUUCUACACGGAAAGGAGAGAAUGAUCAAGGCGGCAUCAGCAAUAAGAUUACAGGGAAUUGAAACAGUUCAGCCUACCAGACCACAUGCUUCCCUGCAUGGAAAAGUCUCAGCUGCUCCUCUGGGACUUCAGCAUUGCAAUGCUCCAUCACCCAAAGACGCUCCGAGCCACGGCCCGUCAACGUAGCAGCAUUGUGACAACUUCCGGUCGACACCGUACCGAGACUCUUGCAUCCAGCCGGGUACGAUACGACUCGAACCGCACAGACAACAAGGCUUUUCCACAGGAUAGCUGGUAUAAAUACAUGGCUGGCUAUGAAAAAGAAACGCGUGAAUUCUCCAGACCUCGGUAACAAGGGCAGCAGGGAAUCACUUGAAUGGGAAUGGAAGCUCCAGGCACAGGGAAACAGACACAGGCAACAGGGGACCACUUCACGAUCGAUGUAUCUGCCCACAGUUAUAUCCCCCCAAGCGUCAUCAUCCUGAGCCUGCAAAAAUUUUGCUGGCACGCUCCUAAAACAGAUGGAAUCUAGGCAGCCCUUCUGGCCAAAGAUUAUUCCUGACCGAGAAUUGGGAUAGUACUUCUGUUAACGACCAGAGCAACAGUGCAAAGGUGGAUGUAAGUAUUCGUAAACUCAACGUUAGCGAUAAGCUACACCCGACAUCCCCCUUCCAGCCGAUAAGGAUCGUGUACGGGAUCGAUUUCGAGAUAAUCGCGAAAUCCUGGAGACAAUACGUCCGAUGAAAUGAUGGUUUGUUGGGCACUAGUAUCAAACAACAUUACAGCAUUUUCCAAUAUAUUAAAUGCUAUACACAGAAUUCACUCAAUUUAAUCAAUUAUAUUUUAAAUUAAUUAAUUAAUUAAUAUUAAAUAAUAGUACUGCUAUUCUA